AUGGCCAAAGUGACGAAUAAGAAGGAUCUAGUGGAGAAGAAGAAAGUAGAAGAAGAAAAGCCAAAAUCUGAAGAGAAUAUUGAACUACAAUCUUUGAACGAAGAAUCAUCAUUAUCGGAAGAAGAAAGCGAAAUUGAAGGUCUUUCUGAAGCUGAAAGUGAAGAUGAAGAUGGCUCCAAGGCUCAAAAGCAUAAAAUUAAAACAUUAGACCCAAAGAAGAAGAAGCAACAAACUCAAGAAAAGGAUUCCAAUAAGAAGAAACCACUUGCUGAAUAUUCAAGUAUUCUUUACGUAAGUAGGUUACCCCAGGGGUUUCAUGAAAGAGAAUUAAGUAAAUAUUUUUCUCAAUUUGGUGAUUUGAAAGAAGUUAGAUUGGCUAGAAAUAAGAAGACAGGAAAUUCCAGACAUUAUGGGUUCAUUGAAUUCGCCAAUAAGGAUGACGCUAAUAUUGCUCAAGAUGCCAUGAACAAUUAUUUGGUAAUGGGUCACUUAUUGCAAGUGCGUUUGCUACCAAAGGGUGCCAAGAUUGAAAAGUUGUAUAAAUAUAAGAAGAGAGCCUUUACCCAAAUGAAGAUAAAGAAGACCGCCAAGGAGUUGAAGGAACGUGCUCAUACCAAGCAUGAAGAGAGAAUGAAUAAACUAACAGAAGCUGGUAUUGAUUUCGCAUGGGAAUGA